AUGUGGGUUUGUGAUGGAACGGUAAAGAGAGGAUUCAUCACAAGGAUAUCAUAUAAACAAUGCCAACCACACAGCUAAUGAUUGUAGUAAUAAAUCAUGUUAUUCUGACAGCCUAAAUGUAUUUGAGGAUUGAACUGAAUUACAGAGCAUCAAGGUAUGUAGUGCUGGAUCUCACCUGCGAAUCCACUAAAGUGGAAAAAUACAAGUCAACAGCACCUGUUCUUUUCACUCUCUUUCUCCUUCAUUGUUAAUUAUUUAUGUCUUAGGUCCUGUUGUCCCUAUAUCCAUUAACUGAUCAUUAGACAACUCUGCUUACAGGCCUGUCUGGCUCAAGGUACUAUCUGACAGGAAAUCCAUUGGAAGUAGAUGGUAUUGGGUGAUCAAUUCUGUCUCAUUACUCUAGCUGUGACUUGUGAGAACUGUGUGGAGGUGGUUUAAAGGCCACAAGACGUGUUAAACUAAAGUCCUUUUCUUAUUGUGAUCUUAGACAGUUGAAUGUACGGUGUUUCAUGAUGUUGAAAUAGCAAAUACAGUAAGUAGUUGAUAUCUUCUUUAUACACCACUUCAAAAAGGCAGGGUGUACUGUAAAAAUGUAUUUAUGUGGAUGAAAAAAAUAUUUUUAGCUGUUAGGAUUUUUUACACCGUAUUAUCCACAUCUUUUUUUGGUUUGUAGAAUAGAGAUUGCUGGUGACAGUUUAUGGAUCUCUCUUUUUACUGCCUGAACACAAAUUAAAGGAAAGACCUACUGUGUGGCAGGCUUUCAUUUAGCCAUCUUCCCUGCGGAUGCCUGUGGUUUACUUCAGUUCACUUGUUCCCGACAGUUGUUUGUUUGUUUCGUGACUAAAUUUGACAAGCAACUAUUGAGCCGUUAUGCUUUUCAGCCAUUAUUAACACACUCAGCUUGACACACACAGGCACACGCACACACUAGCAUUGCUAUUUGAAGUCGUCCCUCUGGGAAGACCUUCAGUUUAACCAAAGUUUGUCAUUAGUUUGGUGAGUCAACAGCUGUCGUCCAAACACACACAGUCGAUAACAGAACAGAGAGCCAUACUGACAGAACAGGAAGAACAGUGGGUUGUUAUUGUCCCAUCAAGACUUGUUAUCUACCUGUGUUCUGACAUGACGGAUUAGGGCUCCAAGAGGCUUUGUGCUGCAAUCUCUCUCCCUCAUAGUAGUCAGUCAGCACUCAGGAGUCGAGAGCCUCCCUGUUCUUGCUUUGCCCUUCAGUUUAAGCGGGAAAGACAGAUGUUCGCUAGAUCAGGAGAGACAGAUCUCAGGUUGGUAAGACUCUGAUCGGAACUAUGGCAUUAAAAGCUGUGUCCUUUUUUAAGCCAUUUGAAUAGACAUACUUCUUUAAUGAGCCCAAUUAACAAUGCGUAACUUUGUUUACUCUCUUCGCUGUUCAAUCAAAGUAUUUUAAAGUGUUCUGUCUAUGUCAACUAAAGUUCAACAACGUCAAUUUAGCUGUAAAGUUGGCAUGGGAGUUGUUACAGAUUUUCCAGAUGACUUAGAAUACCUGCUGCAUCAACAAGCAAAUAACAACAUUAGCGCUACAGGGUUAAAACCAUUCUCUGGGAAAAGGAUGAUGUGUGCCGACCAGUCACUGAUGCCUGUCGCAUGGCUGCUACCACAAUUUAAAUCGCAAUCUCUCUGCCAGUGCUAUGGCUGUUUGAGACAGAAGAUUCAUAACUGAGCAAGUUUUUGCACUUUACAGAGGCUGUUCUAAGUCUCUGGAACAUUCCCUCAUAAAACAAUAGAGUGCUAAUGGAUUUAAUUCACCCUGCAGAGGCAUCCAUUAACAGAUGAGGGAUGGCUGGGGCAUAUUAGGGCUCAUUCAACAGCUAAGAGUGUGUGGAUUAGUCAUUUGGGACUUGUUCUCCACUCUGCCUGGCCUGUAAGGAAGGAAAUACACAUUGAUGUAUGAUUAACCAUAGGAGAGUGCUAAGUGCUUUCUACUGGUGGGGAAUGCACUAUGAGUGACUGGCGGUGAUUGACUAGGGAGCUCCAAAGAUGAUAAACUGUGCAGACUUUUUAAGAUGUGUGUUUUAUCAUUAGGGUGGGUAAAGAGGAUUGAUUCCCUUAAGUGAAGUGCCAACAAAGAGAGUAGAAAGUAAAAGGAAAGAUGAACCCAACAACUCUGGAGGAAAAUAAGGUAAACAUUUACAUACUGUAUUCAAAAAGCAACUGGAACUUUCACUUUUCUUCUUCUGGUAUACUGGUGUUCACCUGUCAAUGUGGCCUGUCGUCUUAUAGUCAACAGUGCAUUAGGGGAGCCCUCCAAAACCACUGUCAGAUCACGUAGGCCAACUGUAAUGUGAAAUAGAUAACAAUGUGCACAAAGACUGUUAAACUGCACACCGCACACAAAUUCACUCAUUCAACAGGAACAUGCAUUACAUUGUAAUACAUAAAAAAUAAUUCCUAACUUCAGAAAAUACAUGUUCAUUCAUGAAUGUAUUCAUAAAGCACUUGCUGACAUCACACACUCAUUCAUUGAUUCAUUUAUUAAUAAAGAACAUCUGGCACUCUAACCUUACACAGUCAUUACAAAGUUCAGAGGGAGGGAGGGUAGCAUGAAAGAGAAAGGAGUAGGGAAGUGUUUAUGUGGGAUAAAUAGAGUAUGAAGGAAGUAGGAAAACUAAGUUGUGCGGCAAAUUUGAGAGAAAUAAGCUUUUUGUGCUUAUGGAAAAUUUCUGGGAUCUUUUAUUUCAGCUCAUGAAACAUGGGACCAAUACUUUACAUGUUGCGUUUAUCGUUUUCUUUUCAGUAUACAGUGCAUUCGGAAAGUAUAAGUAUUCAGACCCUUUACUCAGUACUUUCUUGAAGCACCUUUGGCAGCGAUACAGCCUCAAGUCUUCUUGGGUAUGAUGUUACAAGCUUGGCACACCUGUAUUUGGGGAGUUUCUCACAUUCUUCUCUGCAGAUCCUCUCAAGCUCUGUCAGGAUGGAUGGGGAGCGUCGCUGCACAGCCAUUUUCAGGUCUCUCCAGAGAUGUUCGAUCGGGUUCAAGUCCGGGCUCUGGUUGGGCCACUCAAGGACAUUCAGAGACUUGUCCUGAAGCCACUCAUGCGUUGUCUUGGCUGUGUGCUUAGGGUCAUUGUCCUGUUGGAAGGUGAACCUUCGCUCCAGUCUGAGGUCCUGAGUGCUCUAGAGCAGGUUUUCAUCAAGGAUCUCGCUGUACUUUGCUCCAUUAAUCUCUCCCUCGAUCCUGACUAGUCUCCCAGUUCCUGCUGCUGAAAAACAUCCCCACAGCAUGAUGCUGCCACCACCAUGCUUCACCGUAGGGAUGUUGCCAGGUUUCCUCCAGACGUGACGCUUCGCAUUCAGGCCAAAGAGUUGAAUCUUGGUUUCAUCAGACCAGAGAAUCUUGUUUCUCAUGGUCUGAGAGUCUUUAGGUGCCUUUUGGCAAACUUCAAGCGUGCUGUCAUGUGCCUUUUACUGAGGAGUGGCUUCCGUCUCGCCACUCUACCAUAAAGGCCUAAUUGGUGGAGUGCUGCAGAGAUGGUUGUCCUUCUGGAAGGUUCUCCCAUCUCCACAGAGGAACUCAGGAGCUCUGUCAGCGUGACCAUCGGGUUCUUGCUCACCUCUCUGACCAAGGCCCUUCUCCCCCGAUUGCUCAGUUUGGCCGGGCGGCCAGCUCUAGGAAGAGUCUUGGUGGUUCCAAACUUCUUCCAUUUAAGAAUUAUGGAGGCCAUUGUGUUCUUGGGGACCUUCAAUGCUGCAGACAUUUUUUGGUACCAUUCCCCAAAUCUGUGCCUCGAUACAAUCCUGUCUCAGAGCUCUACAGAUAAUUCCUUCGACCUCAUGGCUUGGUUUUUGCUCUGACAUGCACUGUCAACUGUGGGAGCUUAUAUAGACAGGUGUGUGCCUUUUCAAAUCAUGUCCAAUCAAUUGAAUUUACCACAGGUGGACUCCAAUCAAGUUGUAGAAACAUCUCAAGGAUGAUUAAUGGAAACAGGAUGCAACUGAGCUCAAUUUCCAGUCUCAUAGCAAAGGGUCUGAAUACUUACAGUUGAAGUCGGAAGUUUACAUACACCUUAGCCAAAUAUAUUUAAACUCAGUUGUUCACAAUUCCUGACAUUUAAUCCUAGUAAGAAUUCCCUGUUUUAGGUCAGUUAGGAUCACCACUUUAUUUUAAGGAAGUGAAAUCUCAGAAUAAUAGUAGAGAGGAUGAUUUAUUUCAGCUUUUAUUUCUUUCAUCACAUUCCCAGUGGGUCAGAAGUUUACAUACACUCAAUUAGUAUUUGGUAGCAUUGCCUUUAAAUUGUUUAACUUCGGUCAAACGUUUCGGGUAGCCUUCCACAAGCUUCCCACAAUUUUGGCCCAUUCCUCUUCAAAGAGCUGGGGUAACUGAGUCAGGUUUGUAAGCCUCCUUGCUCGCACACACUUUUUCAGUUCUGCCCACAAAUAUUCUAUACGAUUGAGGUCAGGGCUUUGUGAUGGCCACUCCAAUACCUUGACUUUGAUGUCCUUAAGCCAUUUUGCCACAAAUUUGGAAGUAUGCUUGGGGUCAUUGUCCAUUUGGAAGACCCAUUUGCGACCAAGCUUUAACUUCCUGACUGAUGUCUUAGAUGUUGCUUUAAUAUAUCCACAUAAUUUUCCUUCCUCAUGAUGCCAUCUAUUUUGUGAAGUGCACCAGUCCCUCCUGCAGCAAAGCACCCCCACAGCAUGAUGCUGCCACCCCCGUGCUUCACGGUUGGGAUGGUGUUCUUCGGCAUGCAAGCCCCCCUUUUUCCUCCAAUCAUAACGAUAGUCAUUAUGGCCAAACAGUUCCAUUUUUGUUUCAUCAGACCAGAGGACAUUUCUCCAAAAAGUACAAUCUUUGUCCCCAUGAGCAGUUGCAAACCGUAGUCUGGCUUUUUUAUGGUGGUUUUGGAGCAGUGGCUUCUUCCUUGCUGAGUGGCCUUUCAGGUUAUGUCGAUAUAGGACUCGUUUUACUGUGGAUAUAGAUACUUUUGUACCUGUUUCCUCCAACAAGGUCCUUUGCUGUUGUUGUGGGAUUGAUUUGCACUUUUCGCACCAAAGUACGUUCAUCUCUAGGAGACAGAACGCGUUUCCUUCCUGAGCGGUAUGACGGCUGCGUGGUCCCAUGGUGUUUAUACUUGCAUAUUAUUGUUUGUACAGAUGAACGUGGUACCUUCAGGCGUUUGAUAAUUGCUCCCAAGGAUGAACCAGACUUGUGGAGGUCUACAAUUUUUUUUCUGAGGUCUUGGCUGAUUUCUUUUGAUUUUCCCAUGAUGUCAAGCAAAGAGGCACUGAGUUUGAAGGUAGGCCUCAAAAUACAUCCACAGGUACACCUCCAAUUGACUCAAAUGAUGUCAAUUAGCCUAUCAGAACCUUCUAAAGCCAUGACAUCAUUUACUGGAAUUUUCCAAGCUGUUUAAAGGCACAGUCAACUUAAUAUAUAUAUAAUCUUCUGACCCACUGGAAUUGUGAUACAGUGAAUUAUAAGUGAAAUAAUCUGUCUGUAAACAAUUGUUGGAAAAAUUACUUAUGUCAUGCACAAAGUAGAUGUCCUAACCGACUUGCCAAAACUAUAGUUUGUUAACAAGAAAUGUGUGUAGUGGUUGAAAAUCGUGUUAUAAUGGCUCCAACCUAAGUGUAGGUAAACUUCCAAUUUCAAAUGUAUGUAAAUAAGGUAUUUCUGUUUUUUUAUUUUUAAUACAUUUGCAAACAUUUCUAAAAACUUGUUUUUUGCUUUGUCAUUAUGGGGUAUUGUGUGUAGAUUGAUGUAACGUAACACAAUGUGGUAAAAGGGAAGGGGUCUGAAUACUUUCCAAAUGCACUGUAUAUCACGAGUAAGUAUAUCAUUUUCAUCUAUUAUUUGUUAUUUGUAAACUUUGCCAUGAAAUGAGCAGUAGCAGUACAAAACCAUCCUUACACCGGCACAUUAGACAGCACAUUCCUCACUAGCUAGAUGCAGCAAUUAAAGGGCCAGAUGCGUAUUUAAAGACCUAAGAAAAAUUGUCUUCUGAUGUGAGUUAAGCAUUGACAUGGACUCAGAACAUCCAAUUUCAAUAUUUCUCUAUGAACAAUUGUAAUUUUGAGAGUGAAAAACUAGGAAAAAUAAAACUGAGAAAACAUAAUUAGGGAAAAUAUGUAACAUUAUUUUUGAGAAAAGUAUUACAGAUUUUAUAGGGGCCCCCUUAGAGUUGUAGGGGAGAGGAUAAUAAUGUGCCUAUUUGAAUGUGUAGCUUGCAAUUAGUUUCAUUUUUUAAAAGUAGCUCUCAUGCUAGAAAAGGUUGGAGAUCCCUGCUAUAGCCUGUUCUGUUCAGUUUAGUGUCACGCCCUGACUCUGGGGACUCUUAUUUGUUGAGUCAGGGUGUGAUUUUCUAUGUUGUGUUGUUCUAUGUUAUAGGUUCUUGUGUGGGUAUUUCUAUGUUGGCCGGUGUGGUUCCCAAUCAGAGGCAGCUGUCGCUCGUUGUCUCUGAUUGGGGACCAUACUUAGGCAGCCUAUUGGCACUAGUGGGUUGUGGGAUCUUGUUCCGUGUGAGGUAUGUUGUUUGUGUACCUUGGACUUCACGUUUCGUUUCUUGUUUUGUCGUUGUGUUUAUAAGUCACAUAAACAUGUAUGCAUAUCACGCUGCGCCUUGGUCUGACCCGUCUAUGAACGAACGUGACAUUUAGAAGGAGAGCGCAAAGAUGAGAAGGAGGACCAAAGGUUCACUUUGAUAGUUUGCUACUACUAGGCUAUCAUUGAUUUGAUUAAAAACAAUAUGUUUCUUGUCCAUUAUGUAUUUAUCAGAGUUAUUGACCAACCUCACAAUAAGCCAGAUUCACAUAACUUACAAUAUGGUCCUGAAACAAUCAAUCAAAAUGGACAGCUCAUGGUGCUGAAAGUAGGCAAAUUAGAGUAGGAAUAAGUCAUUUAAAACAUAUUUAUUUUAAUUAGACUUUACUAACAACAAGAGGGCUUUGUGUUGGAGCCUAUUUCUUCCUAUUUAAGAAAUAAGAGGUAGGCCUACCUGUUUGACAGACAAUUAGGCUAUAAGCUGCUAUAUCCAUAGAUUUGUUGGUCAAUUCCUCCACCCACCAUGCACUCUUUAAAUAGCCUACCUCGUGUAAAUAGCGUGCUGGUGAAUGGCUGUUAAGUUAAAACCAAGAUUCGAAUUGAGGGGGUAUGAGAGGGAAUGCCAUAAAUCAAAUCAAAUCAAAUCUUAUUUGUCACAUGCGCCGAAUACAACAGGUGUAUACCUUACAGUGAAAUGAUUACUUUCAAGCCCUUAACCAACAAUGCAGUUUUAAGAAAAAAUCACACACAAAUACGAUAUAAAAUAAUACUAAAUAAAAGUAACAAAUAAUUAAAGAGCAGCAGUAAAAAUAAGAAUAGCGAGGCUAUAUACAGGGGUACUGGUACCGAGUCAAUGUGUGGGGGCACCGGUAAUGGUAAUUGGGGUAAUAAGUACAUGUAGGUAGAGUUAUUAAAGUGACUAUGCAUAGAUAAUAAACAGAGAGUAGCAGCAGCGUAAAAUAGGGGUGGGGGGGCAAUGCAAAUAGUCUGGGUAGCCAUUUGAUUAGAUGUUCAGGAGUCUUAUGGCUUGGGGGUAGAAGCUGUUUAGAAGCCUCUUGGACCUAGACUUGGCGCUCCGGUACCGCUUGCCAUGCGGUAGCAGAGAGAACAGUCUAUGACUAGGGUGGCUGGAGUCUUUGACAAUUUUUAGGACCUUCCUCUGACACCGCCUGGUAUAGAGGUCCUGGAUGGCAGGAAGCUUGGCCCCAGUGAUGUACUGGGCCGUACGCACUACCCACUGUAGUGCCUUGCGGUCGGAGGCUGAGCAGUUUCCAUACCAGGCAGAGAUGCAACCAGUCAGGAUGCUCUCGAUGGUGCAGCUGUAGAACCUUUUGAGGAUCUGAUGACCCAUGCCAAAUCUUUUCAGUCUCCUUAGGGGGAAUAGGUUUUGUCGUGCCCUCUUCACGACUGUCUUGGUGUACUUGGACCAUGUUAGUUUGUUGGUGAUGUGGACACCAAUGAACUUGAAGCUCUCAACCUGCUCCACUACAGCCCCGUCGAUGAGAAUGGGGGUGUGCUCAGUCCUCUUCUUUUUCCUGUAGUCCACAAUCAUCUCCUUUGUCUUCAUCACGUUGAGGGAGAGGUUGUUGUCCUGGCACCACACGGCCAGGUCUCUGACCUCCUCCCUACCUUUUAUUAAAGAAAAUGGCAAAAAGCACAGGCCUAACCCUUGUUAGCUUAACAUUUUGAAGAAAAUAAAAUGGAUCAGAUUAUAUAAAGUCAUCUAUAACAGCGCUUUGGUCCGCGAUGCUUUAUGCUAGAAAUUGUUUCUAAGUAAUCUAAUACUGUCACUAUCAAUUGAUUAAGCUAUUCACUUUCUGUACAAUAGAAGAUGUUUAAACUCAGACAGCUUUUAGAGAAACACUUGUGACCGCUCGUUGGGUUAAGUUAUGGAAGAAGAGUAGCCAGCAGUUAAAGCUUAUAUUUUUCUUUGUCGGUAGGCCUACUCUGUCUGGGGUGGAGAGGUAGGCCGAACUUUUGAACGUACCAUGCUCAGAUUCAUAAUGACGUCUCAGUUUUAAUUAUUUGCAAACAGGGACAGUUUCGUUGCAAACAAGACGCCCUGAUUUGGCAUUGGAGAAAUAUGAUAAGAUGAACACAUAGGCCUAUAAAGGGUUUAGGUAAAAUAUUUUAUUUUAAUUUCAGAGAGUUCCGUUUUUGUCCAUGUAACCCUUAUUAUAAAUAACGUUCACUCCCUUACUCCAAUGUCUCUCGACCUGUGCAUCUAUGUUAUACAUUUCAUUUGUAGGCUAGGUUGUAGCAACCUCAUGAUGGGUAUAGGGCUCAUUUAAUUUGAGUAUCAUGUAGUAGCCUAAACCUAUCGAUGUUACAUUGAGCGGGGUGAAUGGAAUAUGAAUGCCAGUCAUCCAAUAUACUGUAAUAGAAUUAAGGCCAUGCUCAUAUAUUUUUUUUACAAAAAUAGUCCUCGCUAAUCUUAAACAGCACCGACCGCCUCUGGUGUGUGUGUGUGUUGAAAGAUGGCAAGGCUGAGCCAUCUAACUGCCCUUGGCAUGGCACAAACUCAGUCGACAAUCAUUGUGUUUGUUUUUCAGCCCUCUCUCUAAUCACAUAUGUAUCAUGUUGUACCAUAACGUUGAGCAAUGACCCACUCCCAGCUUUGCACAGUGAGAAUGGAGCUCUCUCUUUACCUCUUUUUCUCUCUUUACCGCUCAUAAAUUAUCCCUCUCUUUCUAUCUUAUUAUUUCCCUCGUUCCCUCUCUCUAAAAAAGGUAUCUCUCUCUUUCUUCAUAAAUGGGCUGUGACUCAAAUCGUACGCCUCAAGUUAAUAAAGACAGUGGCAGAAAGACAAAUUAUUUUUUACUUACAGAAGACAUUAACAUAUUUCCAUGCUGAUGUUUAUAGUUUUAUGAAACACUUACUCCCCUUUCUGUGCCUUGCAUCGCCAGAUGUGCUCUUUCUUUACUCAAUGAGUUUCUCAUAGCAUUGCUUCAGUCCUCCAUCUGGGGGCGUGACUUCUGACAUGCUGCGACAACUUCUGUCAUAAGCCAUCAUAACAGCUGAUGGGUUCACAUAGCAACCAUACCAUUCUGUGUGAUUCUUUCUAGGUGUUUGUUGUUUGUUACUUGACCAGAAGGCAGCUUCUUAGCAGGGAUGUUUGGUCUCUUUAUUUAACCUUUAUUUUAACAGGGAGUCAUGCUGAGACCAAGGUCUCUUUCACAGAUGAGCCCUGUAUACACAUCAAUAUACACUAUACACAUCAAUAUACACUGAGUAUACAAAACAUUAUGCUCUUUCCAUGACAGACUGACCAGGUGAAUCCAAGUGAAAGCUAUGAUCCCUUAUUGAUGUCACCUGUUAAAUCCACUUCAAUCCGUGUAGAUGAAGGGGAGGAGACAGGUUAAAGAAGGAUUUUUAAGCCUUGAGACAUGGAUUGUGUAUGUGUGCCAUUCAGAGGGUGAAUGGGCAAGAAAAUGCAUGUCAAUAUUAGAAAGGUGUUCCUAAUGUUUGGUAUACUCAGUGUACAUAUUAAUACACACAUCAAUAUUCAUAUCAAUACAGGAAAACCAAAACACAAUCAUAGAAAACAAACACACUAUUCAGUAAAAAAGAGUUCAAUCAGCCUUUUGAAUUGCCCUAGAGGCCCCAGUUCAUUCUACUUUAGAGAGCCUUGGAGAUCGUUCCAUAAGUAAGGUGCAAAGAAAAUAAAAGCAGAUUUACCUAACUCAGAUCGAAGGGAUCUCCAGAGUUAGCCAACCCUGAGACCAGGUCUGGUAUCUCGUACGUUUAUUUUUAUUUUUACGUCUGUAAGUAACAAUUAAGUAAGGUACAGCGUUUAUGAAGCUUUAUUAAGAAAAAGAGUGCAGUGCAUCGAUCUACUAGACUUCAAAGAGGGCCAGCCUACUUUCUGAUACAUAAUGCAGUGAUGUGUACUGAAUCUAUUGCCAGUAAUAAAGUUUAGUGCGCUAUGAUAAACUGCGUCCAAUGGAUUCAAUACAGUGGCAGCAGCAUUCAUAUAGACAAUAUCUAUAACCGGUAUGAAUGUCGACUGAAUGAUUUGUUUUCUGAUAUUUAAUGAAAGGCAUGACCUAUUCUGUUCCUAUAAAAGAAGCCCAUUUUAAUUCUUAAUUUCUUAACUAACUCAUACAACAUACUUUUUGAAUGAUGGCUUUUUUUCAAUCCAGAUACCCAGAUAUUUAUAAGUGGGGACACGAUCAAUAAAGGCAUCAUCCAAUGUAUACUGAUCAAAAGAUUAACACAACAUGUAAAAUGUUGGUCCCAUGUUUCAUGAGCUUAAAUACAAGAUCCCAAAAUAUUAUUUCUCUCAAAUGUUGUGCACAAAUUUGUUUACAUCCCUGUUAGUGAGCAUUUUUCCUUUGCCAAGAUAAUCCAUCCACCUGACAGGUGUGGCAUAUCAAGAAGCUGAUUAAACAACAUGAUCAUUACACAGGUGCUGGGGACAAUAAAAGGCCAUUAAAAUGUACAGUUUUGUCACACAACACAAUGCCACAGAUGUCUGAAGUUUUGCGGGGGCGUGCAAUUGUCAUGCUGACUGCGGAAAUGUCCACCAGAGCUAUUGCCAGAGAAUUGAAUGUUAGUUUCUCUACCAUAAGCUGCCUCCAAUGUCGUUUUAGAGAAUUUGGCAGUACGUCCAACUGGCCUCAUAACCACAGACCACGUGUAACCACAACAGCCCAGGACCUCCACAUCCGGCUUCUUCACCUGCGGGAUGUUCUGAGACAAGCCACCCGGACAGCUGAUGAAACUGUGGGUUUGCACAACCAAAUAAUUUCUACACAAAUUGUCAGAAACCGUCUCAGGGAAGCUAAUCUGCGUGCUCACCUUCGAUGGCUACUGGCACCCUGGAGAAGUGUGCUCUUCACGGAUAAAUCCCGGUGUCACGACUUCCUCCGAGGCUGCCUCCUCUCCUUGUUCGGGCAGGCUUCGGCGUUCAUCGUCACCGGCCUUCUAGCCACUGCCGCUCCUCAUCUCAUAAUUCCAUUUGUUUUGUCUUGUUUAUUACACACACCUGGUUCAUAUCCCCUCAUCAGUACCUGUAUAAGUGUUCCCUCUGCCCCCUUGUCUUUGUGUGUGAUUGUUCAUUGUAGAGGAUAUAUAGCUCGGUGGAGCUAGAUUUGUAUUGUGUAUCGCCGGGAUAUUCAGCCGUGUGCCUUGUCUUCCCCAGUGCGCCAUUUACCGCACUGGUGUUUAUACGCAUUGCUGCAUACCUCUGUUUAUUUGAAUAAACCAUGUAUUCCGUGAUUUCCUCUCCUGCGCCUGACUACGUCCAACAUCACCCACUGUAGAAUCACACACCCGAACAACAUGGAGUCAGCAGGAACCGGGAAUAUGUCUGGAGUCGUGGAGCGGGUCCGGGAACAUUCGAACAUGCUAGCCAGCUUGGGCGAGGCAAUGGAUCGGGUUCUCCAGGUCGUCCAUCACCUGGAGAGGAGAGGACCCGACCCUUCGAGACCUGCUGAGCGACUGGAUCCAGCCACCCACACCCCAGCACCCAGAGGGAUUCACCUUUCCCGACCGAGGGAGUACGACGGGACAGCGGGAGAAGGUGUCCGCCCGCGUAUCCUGCCUCUCGGGCAAAACCCUGGAGUGGACAACUACGGGGAGUUCGCUCGCCUCUUCCGGGCCAUCUUUGAUCACCCUCCCGAAGGGAGAGAGGCGGGCGAGCGGCUGGUCCAUUUGAGGCAGGGGACGAGGACUGCGCAGGACUUUGCCCUGGAGUUCAGGACUCUAGCGGCUGGGUCCGGGUGGAACGAGCGGGCCCUCAUCGACCACUUCCGGUGCCACCUGCGAGAGGACGUCCUAAGGGAGCUAGGCUGCCGGGACACCACGUUGUCCUUCAAUCAACUGGUAGACAUGGCCAUCCGGUUGGACAACCUGCUGGCUUCUAGAGGACAUCCUGGGAGGGGCCUGACCCCGUUUCACUGUUGUGUUGGGUCUUACCUGGUUAGCACUACACAACCCCACCUUUUCAUGGCCGCAGAGGGUUCUCACGGGGUGGUUGCGAGAGUGUCAGGGUAGGUGUCUGGCUGUUUCUGUUGGUGCAACCACGGUGGAAAGUCCAGACACUAGCUCCACCGUGCGCAUUCCCCCCGAAUACCUCGAUUUGGUGCACACGUUUUCCAAAACGCAGACGACCAAAUUACCACCUCAUCGGGCGGGGGAUUGCGCGAUAAACCUCCGGGUAGACGCUGUGCCUCCCAGGAGUCAUGUAUAUCUAAUAUAAUAUUUUUUUGUGAAGAAGAAAGACGGAGGUCUGCGCCCUGGCAUUGAUUACCGAGCACUUAACAAGGGGACCAUUAGUUAUAGUUAUCCUCUACCCAUCAUUCCAUCUAUGAUCGAGUCAAUGCAUGGGGAGCGUUUCUUCACAAAAUUAGAUCUCCGGAGUGUGUACAACCUGGUGCGUGUCCGAGAGGGGGACGAGUGGAAGACAGCAUUCAGCACAACCACAGGGCAUUACGAAUACCUGGUGAUGCUGUACCGUUUGAUGAAUGCUCCAUCAGUGUUCCAGUCCUUUGUGAACAAGGUGUUUUGGGACAUGCUUGGUUGCGAUGUGGUGGUCUACAUCGAUGACAUUCUGGUAUAUUCCGCUACACGCGCCGAGCAUGUGUCCCUGGUUCGCAAAGUGCUGGGCCAACUUUUGGAACAUUACCUUUAUGCCAAGGCAGAAAAGUGUAUAUUUUUCCAGCAGUCCGUCUCCUUCCUCGGAUACCGCAUUACCACCUCAGGUGUGGAGAUGGAGGGAGACCGCAUUUCAGCCAUGCGUGAUUGGCUGACUCCAACCACAGUAAAGGAGGUGCAGCGCUUUCUGGGCUUUGCCAACUACUAUCGGAGGUUUAUCCGGGGCUUUGGCAAAGUCUCAGCUCCAAUCACCUCUCUGUUGAAGGGUGAGCCGUCCCGGCUCCGCUGAUCUGCUGAGGCUGACAGGGCCUUCAGUAUCCUGAGGGCUCUGUUCACCUCAGCCCCGGUACUGGCCCAUCCCGAUCCAUCACUACCGUUCGUAGUGGAGGUGGAUGCGUCCGAGGUAGAGAUAGGCGCUGUCUUAUCUCAACGCUUGGGCAGCCACCCAAGCUCCGCCCCUGUGCCUUCUUCUACAAGAAGCUCAGCCCGGCGGAGCAGAACUAUGACAUUGGUGAUCGGGAGCUGUUGGCUGUUGUCAGAGCCCUGACCGUGUGGAGGCACUGGCUCAAAGUCAAUAAAAAGGGCAGGACAGUGCUUCCUCCUAUUCAUGACCUUUAACACAUCAUUCAACACCAAGGUUGCAGCAGAGAUGGUGAUAUGACCCUGCCUGAAACCAGACUGGUGAACACUUAGAAAACAUACAGUGGGGAAAAAAAGUAUUUAGUCAGCCACCAAUUGUGCAAGUUCUCCCACUUAAAAAGAUGAGAGAGGCCUGUAAUUUUCAUCAUAGGUACACGUCAACUAUGAUAGACAAAUUGAGAAAAAAAAUCCAGAAAAUCACAUUGUAGGAUUUUUAAUGAAUUUAUUUGCAAAUUAUGGUGGAAAAUAAGUAUUUGGUCACCUACAAACAAGCAAGAUUUCUGGCUCUCACAGACCUGUAACUUCUUCUUUAAGAGGCUCCUCUGUCCUCCACUCGUUACCUGUAUUAAUGGCACCUGUUUGAACUUGUUAUCAGUAUAAAAGACACCUGUCCACAACCUCAAACAGUCACACUCCAAACUCCACUAUGGCCAAGACCAAAGAGCUGUCAAAGGACACCAGAAACAAAAUUGUAGACCUGCACCAGGCUGGGAAGACUGAAUAUGCAAUAGGUAAGCAGCUUGGUUUGAAGAAAUCAACUGUGGGAGCAAUUAUUAGGAAAUGGAAGACAUACAAGACCACUGAUAAUCUCCCUCGAUCUGGGGCUCCACGCAAGAUCUCACCCCGUGGGGUCAAAAUGAUCACAAGAACGGUGAGCAAAAAUCCCAGAACCACACGGGGGGACCUAGUGAAUGACCUGCAGAGAGCUGGGACCAAAGUAACAAAGCCUACCAUCAGUAACACACUACGCCGCCAGGGACUCAAAUCCUGCAGUGCCAGAUGUGUCCCCCUGCUUAAGCCAGUACAUGUCCAGGCCCGUCUGAAGUUUGCUAGGAUGAUCCAGAAGAGGAUUGGGAGAAUGUCAUAUGGUCAGAUGAAACCAAAAUAGAACUUUUUGGUAAAAACUCAACUCGUCGUGUUUGGAGGACAAAGAAUGCUGAGUUGCAUCCAAAGAACACCAUACCUACUGUGAAGCAUGGGGGUGGAAACAUCAUGCUUUGGGGCUGUUUUUCUGCAAAGGGACCAGGACGACUGAUCCGUGUAAAGGAAAGAAUGAAUGGGGCCAUGUAUCGUGAGAUUUUGAGUGAAAACCUCCUUCCAUCAGCAAGGGCAUUGAAGAUUAAACGUGGCUGGGUCUUUCAGCAUGACAAUGAUCCCAAACACACCGCCCGGGCAACGAAGGAGUGGCUUCGUAAGAAGCAUUUCAAGGUCCUGGAGUGGCCUAGCCAGUCUCCAGAUCUCAACCCCAUAGAAAAUCUUUGGAGGGAGUUGAAAGUCCGUGUUGCCCAGCGACAGCCCCAUAACAUCACUGCUCUAGAGGAGAUCUGCAUGGAGGAAUGGGACAAAAUACCAGCAACAGUGUGUGAAAACCUUGUGAAGACUUACAGAAAACGUUUGACCUGUGUCAUUGCCAACAAAGGGUAUAUAACAAAGUAUUGAGAAACUUUUGUUAUUGACCAAAUACUUAUUUUCCACCAUAAUUUGCAAAUAAAUUCAUUAAAAAUCCUACAAUGUGAUUUUCUGGAUUAGUUUUUUCUCAUUUUGUCUGUCAUAGUUGACGUGUACCUAUGAUGAAAAUUACAGGCCUCUCUCAUCUUUUUAAGUGGGAGAACAUGCACAAUUGGUGGCUGACUAAAUACUUUUUUCCCCCACUGUAGCUAGGAAGGAUCUAAGUUGAUUCAUGAUUUGAACAGUUUUGCUAGGCAAGACAAUUUUGAGAUAGGGCGAUAAUUAUUUAGGUCGGAAGGAUCACCACCUUUGUGGAGCGGGAGCACAUGGUCCGCCUUCCAAACCCUGGGAUUAGCACUAGAGAUAAUCACAAGUAGGAAGUUGUUGAAAUGAAAACAAAGAUUCACUAGAGGUUGACUGAUCUUCCAUCGAGCCAACUGGAGGCUGCAGAGGAAAGAGUAGUCGACUGACUGACCAGGGUCAAUUAAACCACCAUUAAAAAAAAAAAGAAUCCUGAUUAAAAGCAUCACUUAUCACAUUUUCUUCCUUAGGCAGGGAAGGAUAGGAAUUUCCAAGCAGAUCACCAGCAGAGAUAGAACUUAAAAAGUAACUUGAUUUAGCUUUCUUAAUUGAGGAAGUACAUCUAUUUCUCAAUUGCCUGAAACAAUGCACAAUCAGCUACCGAGUCAGUUCUUCUAGGCUUGGCCCAGGCCUGAUUUCUCAUCAUAAUGAGAUCUGAAGGUUCUAUAGAGAACCAAGCAUUUGUUCUAUUUCUAACUCUAAGGCGUUCAAAGGGGGUGUGUUUGUCUGCCAGAGAUAUACAAAUAUAUGAGAAAAGUUCUAGAGCCAAUUCAGGGUCAGGCAUACAGCUGAUAGAGGAAAGCUCAGAGCAAUACAUGUAAUGAAAAAAUGCCUGGGGAGAAUUUUCAAAAAACAUAAUGUUGUUCUGUUUGUUAUCUCUAAUACAUGCAACAGGACAGUGAUCACUGAUGUCAUUAGCAAAGACACCACUCAACAAGUACUUGUGGGGGCUAUUUGUCAAAAUGAGGUCAAUCAGCAAGGAGUUUGCUGGGUUUCUUACAUGAAUCCAUGUAGGUUUGGAGAUUAGUUGAGUCAGGUUAAAGUCAAGACACAUAUUCUUUAAAUGAGCAGAGGCCGGGGUAAGCCAAUCCAGGUUAAAAUCUCCUAAAAUAACUAAUUCAGAUGACAGAAAAGCUUUUAAAUAUUCAGAAAUAGUAUCAACAGCAUCCUAUUAUAGCUGCUAUAGUAAAGAGGUUGUGAGGGUAUGUUAAAUCCCUGGCCCUUCAGUCUCCAUCAGCCCCAAACCAAGGGGAAUACCCUCAUCACUCAUGGCACUGUGCUAUCUAAUGUAGGCUAACACUGACCCAGUGGCAAGUUACAUCUAAUAUGGCUCUGCUAUUGUGAAGGAUUGUUCCAGGACAUCUGAUCUUGCUAUCUCAUUCCUUUCAUAUUUCUCAUCUUUCUCCUCAGGUGUUCACUCGCUAUGGGAAGUGUUACACGUUCAACGCGGGUGGUGAGGGCCACACCCCUCUCGUAACUACAAAGGGAGGGAUGGGUAACGGGCUGGAGCUCAUGCUGGACAUUCAACAGGAUGAGUACCUCCCUGUGUGGGGAGAGACAGGUGAGGACAAAAGUGUGUGUGUGUGUGUGUGUGUGUGCGUGUUUGUGGUUUAAGUCCAGUUCAUUACACAGCUCACACGUGUGUUGCUCUAUCAAACAGACCACUCUAGCUGCUCGCUGGAGCCAGUGGGUUCAUUAGUUAAAUAAAAGAUGCAUGGAUGGUGCAGUGAUCCCUGCCUCUGUUCUCCUCCCCACAGACGAGACAACGUAUGAGGCUGGGAUCAAAGUUCAGAUCCACAGUCAGGAGGAGCCUUCCUUCAUCGACCAGCUGGGCUUCGGGGUGGCACCUGGGUUCCAGACCUUUGUUUCCUGCCAGGAACAACGGGUAAGGACAUUACCCUUAUUUGUUAGACUUUAUUUCAACAAAGAAGUAAUAAUUUUACAAUAUGCUGUAAGCACCACCUGUGUAACUGUUGUAGGGUUGAACACCUAUGCAAUUGUAGUUGUAGCUUAUGUGUGUUAUGUGUUUGUGUUCUAGCUGAUAUAUUUGCCCCCACCAUGGGGGGACUGUAAGGGGACACGGAUAGACUCAGAAUUCUUUGAGUCCUACAGCAUCACCGCCUGCCGUAUCGACUGUGAGACGCGCUACCUGGUGGAGAACUGUAACUGUCGCAUGGUACACAUGCCUGGUAGGUGAACCCUCCCACUCAGCCGUUUACCUAGUUUGGACUUUUUAAGUUUUCAAGUUCAACUCAUAUUGAUUGAUUCACUCUCUGUGUGCAGGAGAUGCCCCAUACUGCACCCCUGAGCUGUACAAAGAGUGUGCUGAUCCAGCUCUUGGUAAGGAAUAGAUCCAGACUGCUGUUUCUUAGACCAUAACAACUGUAUUUUAGUCCCUAUAUCACUUACAUGGACUAAAAAGAGAGGAAGUGGUAAUGCUGUGGUCUUUCUCUUUGCUCCCAGACUUCCUGGUGGAGAAAGACAAUGAUUUCUGUGUGUGUGAGACGCCGUGCAACAUGACCAGAUACAGCAAGGAGCUGUCCUUCGUCAAGAUCCCCAGCAAGGCCUCUGCCAAGUAUCUGGCCAAGAAAUACAACAAGUCAGAGCAGUACAUAGCGUGAGUCUUGUGUUCCAAACACCAGAUAAAAACUUUACAGUGGCUAUAAGGUGAAUGCACCAAUUUGUAAGUUGCUCUGGAUAAGAGCGUCUGCUAAAUGACGUAAAUAGAAAUGGAAAUGGAAAUGGCAAAUACAUUUGCUUUGGGCUUUGGCCCUUGCAUCUUUGACCCUCCAGUUCCAUUUCCAAUACACAGCAACUAAAUAAAGAUUUUCUCUAUCAGAACCUUCAUAUGUAAACUGUUUGCUGUUUAGAUGUUGAAUAUGGUCUCUUUCUGUAACAGUGACAAUAUCCUGGUUCUGGACAUUUUCUUUGAGGCUCUAAACUAUGAGAUGAUCGAACAGAAGAAAGCCUAUGAAGUAGCAGGACUUUUAGGUAUUUCAAUGAUGAUGAAAAAAUCAUUAAUUUUCUUUUAAAGGAUACUUUGUUGGAGAUGUGUAUCUUUUGGGGAAGUUUCUUGUCUUUGAUAAUCUUGUCCUUCUCUGUCCUUCCCAGGUGAUAUUGGAGGUCAGAUGGGUCUUUUCAUUGGAGCCAGUAUCCUUUCUAUUCUGGAGCUGUUUGACUACAUCUAUGAGGUAAUCUUUUAAUUCUCUCUAGUACUCUACAGUGACAGAAAACAACCACAUGUCCGUUAUGCUUUCUGCCUGACUCAUUAUUGUAAGCUUUUAGAAAAGCAGAAUGAAACAUUUAUGCUUGCUACACAUAACUGUCAAAGAGGGAGGCACAUACACAGGAAUGACUCCAAAAAUAUACACAUUUUCUCUUACCUUUUCUCUCAAAUCGAGAGCAUCACUGACCUUUGUAGGGUGCAUCUAUGUUUCCUCACAGGUGAUAAAGUACAAGCUCUGUCGAUGCUCAGAGAAGAAACACAAGCACAGCAACAACGACCAGGGAGCUGUUCUGAGCCUGGACGAUGUGAAAUGUCACGUCAGUAACUUUCACUAAGCAUUUGCAGCUCUCAGAAGAAGGCAGCCAUAUUGCUUCAUGUCUAAACAUCUCAAUGAAGAAUUUCAUGUGCAUGAAGCCAGGUUGUUUUUGUAAAAGAAAAUGUGUUCUAAAUGAACGUACCUGGUGAAUGUGUGUGGGGGGAUAUGUCUAGUUUUACCUUGCACACAGCAGGAUACAAGACAACCAAUCCAAUGAUCCACAUGUAUCCAUUGGAUUUCAUUGUCUAAUGUAAAUGGCUUUGCAACAGAACAAUGGAAUACCAAAUCGAAGAUCAAAUAUACAAAAGUGUUAUCUCUAAAACUUCUGUUGAUAUUUUUUUCUGAGCAACAGAUAAGAAAAUAUAGUUAAAAUGGAUAUCAAUUGAGGUUGUGUUGUUGUGUAUCAGCUUGAGAAACAUGUCUUCACCCCAUCAAUUUCCAUCAAGUUGUCCUUAAAAUCUAAUCUUAGUGUCUAAUUUAAAAGGGUGCUUUCUACAAAUGUUUAAAGCAUAUCUGCAAAAGGAUACACUUUUAAAUGCAUGACUAUAUUGUCUGUUAACUCUGCUUUUCUCACUGGGUGUCUUUCAUGAGUUUACAGGGUAGGUAGCAUAAACGUAACCACAUGUAACAUAUGGAUUUUCAUUAGUAUACGCAUCAAAAGUCAAAAUGCAAAGUUACACCUCACUUUUCUAUUUUUUGAGUAUUACAUAAAACCGAUCAGAAUUCCGAAGAAUACCGAAGUCAUGUUGGAAAAUAUUUUCCCGGGAUGUGAUGUAAUAUUGAGGAACCUGGCAAGCCAGCCUAUUCCAUAUAAUGUAAACUCAGACAGAAAUAACUUAAAAUAUAUAACUUAAAAUUAAACCAAAUCAUUUGCACUCAUGACUACUGGUUUCAAUUGAAUUUUCGGCCAACUUACAAACAAAUACUUUAUGAAUUUAUUGUUACAAAUCAAUGUGCAAGGUUGCUAGCCAACUAGCCUGUUAACGGUAUCCCUAGUAGCCUUUUAACGUUAGCCCUACCAGCCUGCUAACAUCAUGUCAGGUAGGUAACAAUAGCUAUUUAGCCAACUAGCUAUUAGCCUAGCUAGCCUAGCCAACCACCACAAACACAACACAACUAUAACCGCAGAUCAAAAGCAAAGAAAGAGCACAGACUUACAGAUUGAUAGCUGGGGCCCAUCCGAUAGUAAAACUAUUAAAAGAGUACAGGCUGAGUUAGCUACCAAAGCAAGGGGGAGGCGGGUGCUUCACCAGAGAGGGAGAGUCAGGGAAAUCCAAUUGCUAUAUUGCGAGAAAAAUCCAAAAUAGAUAGAUUCCAGAUGUCAGUCAGCUAGUGGGCUAGCACUAAGCCAAGGUGGAAAAAGUUACUCACGUAGCCAGAGAACUUGCCGAAAAGUUGACAAAACAAAAAGGAGAACAGAUGCGGUACUACACAAUUAGAGCAAGCAGAUAUGUUUUUCUCUUUCUUUUUGAGCCCACAGCAAGAAGGCACCAGAGCCUGACGUGCUAACAGGUUCCCACUAAAGAGCAUGAGGAUGCAGCAUGGCCGCACGUGCCCAUCUGUUCAUUGUUUACAUCACACUUCCUCCUGAUUGGUGGAUUGUAGCUCACCACGGUCAACACUUGGUCUGGAAUGUAAUUACAUGCUAGCAUGGCUAGUGGCUAACGAUAGCCAGUUUGAGCAAACUACCGAGCUAGCAUACAAACUCGGUAGCACAGAGUAGAUUAUCCAUAUGACAUUGAGAAAUAGUGCAUUGUGGGUAGUUUAGAAGAUAUCCGGAAAUAAGUUAAUAAAUAUGUAUUAACCCAAAAAUAUAACUAUAUUUGUACUUAUAGGUAACCAGAUCAUGACUACAACUAAGUUACAAAGUCUUUGAUCACACUGUGUUGUUACAUUGGUGAGUAAAAACUCAUGCUUCCUACCCUUUAAGUUUAACUUGUCUUUUUGUUUUGUUAUUUGCUCAUACUCCCACUCUUUUUUUUGUCACCCUAUCCAUUUCACAUUAUCCACCCCAGUCUCUCCAUGACAAUGCUCAUCCACCACCUCCAUACUCUGCCAAUAUGCUACUUUAUCACACAGAGCGGAGUAACUCAGAGGACUUCACCUGCUGA